AUGGAAAACCUAAUUAAGGAUCAAGCGGAAAGUCAAUCUUCAAGCAACAGAAAGAUCAAAAUCCCUUAUGGUAGUUUUGAAGUUCAUGAUUUUCAUAUCUCUCAAACGAUAGGUAUUGACGACAAGGAGAAAAAGCUGAUUCCAACACAGUUUGUUAAGCUCUUGGGGAAAUGGUUAGGUGAGAUUGCAACCUUGAGGCGACCGUCAGGUCACGAAUGGAGGGUUCACGUACGAACAGAGAAAGAUGGCACAUUUUUUAGCGACGGUUGGGAGACAAUUUAUGAAGACAACGAUCUUGACAUUGGUGAAGUUGUAUUCUAUACAUAUCUUGGAGACAUGCACUUUGAUGUUAAAAUUUUUAACAAAGAUGGACUGGAGAAAGUGUGGGACUGUGGUGUUAUUCAAAAUUCUAAUGAAGAAAGUGAUCAUGAUAAGCCUUCAACCACUCCAGCGUGCAAGGGGGAGAAAAUGGAAAACCUAAUUAAGGAUCAAGCGGAAAGUCAAUCUUCAAGCAACAGAAAGAUCAAAAGCCCUUAUGAUAGUUUUGUAAUUCACGAUUUUCAUAUCUCUCAAACUAUAGGGAAUGACGACAAGGAGAAAAAGCUGAUUCCAACACAGUUUGUUAAGCUCUUGGGGAAAUGGUUAGGUGAGAUUGCAACUUUGAGGCGACCGUCGGGUCACGAAUGGAGGGUUCAUGUACGAACAGAGAGAGAUGGCACAUUUUUUAGCGACGGUUGGGAGACAUUUUAUGAAGACAAUGAUCUUUACAUUGGUGAAGUUGUAUUCUAUACAUAUCUUGGAGACAUGCACUUUGAUGUUAAAAUUUUUAACAAAGAUGGACUGGAGAAGGUGUGGGACUGUGGUGUUAUUCAAAAUUCUAAUGAAGAAAGUGAUCAUGAUAAGCCUUCAACCACUCCAGGUACACAUUUAUGA